CCGAGCGGAGCCGAGCGGCGCCGAGCCGGAGUCGAGGUUGAGCCGAGCGAGGCCGAAGCGGCGCUAAGCGGGCGCGAUGGCGGCGACGCCGCCGCCCAAGCCCUGGGAGUCCCGGCGGCUGCCGGGCACCGCGACCGCCUUCCAGUCUGCUGACUUGGGUGACAACCUGCUGACCAGGCCUGGACAGCCCACGGUGGCACGAAUCCCUCCACCCAUUUUGCCAAGACCAUCCCAGCAAACGGCAAGCAGCAGUCUGAGCGCUUUCAGGCCGGCCUACAGCAGCUCCUUUUCCCCAGGCUAUGGCUCAUAUGGCACCUCUUUCUAUGGAAGCUAUAGUCCCUACAGCUAUGGCUACGGAGGGCUGGGCUAUAACCGCUUCUGUGCCGAUGGCAUUCCCCCCAGCAGGUUCGUGCAGCAGGCUGAGGAGAGCAGCAGAGGGGCCUUCCAGUCCAUCGAGAGCAUUGUGCACGCCUUUGCCUCGGUCAGCAUGAUGAUGGACGCGACCUUCUCAGCUGUCUACAACAGCUUCAGGGCUGUGCUGGAUGUGGCCAACCACUUCUCCCGCCUCAAAAUUCACUUCACCAAGGUGUUUUCAGCUUUUGCUCUAGUGAGAACUAUAAGGUACCUCUACCAGCGCCUGCAGCGCUUGCUGGGUCUGCAGCAGAGCUGCGAGAACGAGGAUUUGUGGGCUGAGAGUGAGGGCAAAGUAGCUCGUGCUGGCCUUGAAGACAAGGUGGCUAACUCUGCGAAAUCCUGGCCCAUUUUCUUGUUCUUUGCUGUUAUAUUGGGAGGCCCCUACCUGAUUUGGAAGCUGCUUUCUACAUACAGUGAGGAAGAAACAGUGUCUAGUAACUGGGCGAGUGGAGAAGAUGACCAUGUAGUUGGAAGAGCAGAAUAUGAUUUCAGUGCUCUCUCAGAAGAAGAAAUUUCUUUCCGUGCUGGUGACAUGCUAAGAUUAGCACCCAAAGAACAACAACCCAAGAUCCGUGGUUGGCUUCUGGCUAGUUACGAUGGGCAGACAACAGGACUUGUGCCAGCUAAUUACAUCAAAAUCCUGGGCAAAAGAAGAGGUAGGAGAACAGUGGACCUUGAAAGGAUUCCAGAGCAGCGGCCAGCAUUUCCCAGCACAGCUGUCAGAGGAGCCCCUGCUGCUGUGACUUCUGAGGAGCAGGAGGCUGCUUUUGAAACUGUUUUUGCUGGAAGCAGCAAAGUUCCUGUUGCAUCGGACUCUGCUGUGGCUGGAGGAGAAAAGCAGGAACUCUGAUGCACUUUGAUCAACAAAGCAAUUGAACUGUGCUUUAUUGAUACCACUUAGGGUUUGUUGAAAAUCUGGUUUGUAGUGGAGCACUGGUAGGUCUGUACCAGUUCUUGCUGCUACUGGCUGGUGAAGGGAUGGAGAAAUGAUUGCUCAAAUUUGUGGUAUUUAUUUUUGACUCACCUAAGGCUGUACAUCAGUGAUUCUAUCCACCCACCUGGCAGCAACUCUAAGAUCUUGAGUUAGGAGAAGUGAGGCAUUCAUAAAAAAGCAAACAAAGGAAUAAAAAUAGGGACUGCCAUUCUUGCUUAGGAGACAAAUUAACACCCAGUCUUUGUAGGAGUAUCGAGCCUCUUCAAUGGAUGUGCAAAGGGAAGAUUGAUUUCUGUAAGAUGCCCUCCAAAACAUCACCCUCAGAAUCAUAAAGGAGUAACACAUUGUCUCCCUGUGAAAGGAGGGAGCGUUGCAGGAGAUGCACACAAUGGAAUAGUGUUAGAAGGUUUAAGUUGCUUUCUAUAAGAAGUAGGGUUCUGUCAUAAAGAACUUAGCUCUCAGGAAAAAAGGGACUUGGGAGGAAGGAGAGGAGAAAUAGAGUUUACAAAGGGAGAGCAGUGAGGCAUCACCAGUAGUUCCAAGCAGUUCUAUUUUGUUUAUUAAAAGGACAUUAGAAUAAAGGGUAUUCUGCAGUCAGGCACUCAUUAGUUGUUACUCCCUUAACUAACUUUGCAUCGCUCUUGGCCAUUUUGUGAUGUAGCCUGUUAGCUGCCUAUCAGCUACCAUCUGCACCUCAACUUACUUCUGUCCAUUAUUGAUUUUAUAUGAGUGUCAAAAUAUCUCUCCUGCAUUUUUGAGCAGCAGGAAAGCCUUGAGUUAGGGGAAGCUGAAAGUAAUUGGUGCAUCAAAAAAAAAGUAACAUUUCUUGCUAAUUGUCUCAGAGAAGGUCUUGGAGUUGGACAAACUUUUCAUGCUGCCUUUCAGGUGGUAAAUUUUGCAUCUGCCCAUAGAAUUUUAGGGCUCCAGUUGAUCAAAAGCCAUAAAAAUAUUGGGACUGUUUAAAGUAUUUUCUUCAUAUGGGUGUUUGAGAAUUCUGUCUUGAAAUACUGUUUUGGUUUUUUUGUUAAAUGAAGCAAAGAUUAUUAAAACAUUUUUUUUUCUUUGUAGUAUGUAUGUAUAAUGUGUUGAACUUCUGAAGGUUACAUCAGUGAAUUAAAUAACUGAGUUUGUCUUAAUCAUUAAAAUAGCUGUUUUAUUUUAAAGUUUCUUGAAAAUGCAAGUUAGGCACAGGCCUUUUCUUAAUUGAUUGAGUAGUUUCAGUUUGACCAUUCCUACAGGGAUCUUCAACACCCAUUAUGUGUUAACAAAGCUUUCAGUAUUUAUAUUUUAAUGGCAUUUGCUGGCCUUGGGUUCUUAGAAGUCUGUUCAACACAACAAAACUCUAUAAAAAUGAUCACAAUAUUAUUGAGGUAGAGUGGCUGAAAAGACAAAUGUUAUGCUGGAACCUUGAUUUGAAAGUAAUCUCUGAAUGCCUGUUGUUAAUAAAUAGAACAUGAAUUUAA